AUGAUAAAAUUCAAAAGUUCCGACGCACUUGCAGCUGGAAAUUAUGUCGAAGACCUUUGUCGCUCCGUAAAGGAGGUGUCUUCGCACCGUAUCGAAAUCGACCUAGAUGUUGCCGCAUUUUUGAGCGAUUUAGAAACGGAUACUAUAAACCACCACGAAUGGUUGACCGUAUAUGAAACAACAGUUGGCAAAUCUGAAAAAAUUUUUGAGUAUUCGGUAUAA